UACCCAGUGCAGUUUCUACUGUCUCUGCUAGCAGAAGCUUCAGGCACUACAAAUCCGUGGGCGGCAGGGGAAGCACUGCUCCUUCAGCUCUUAUUUAUGUGCUCUGGCAAUUACCUGCCAACAGCCAUACACUACAUCUGCUACCAUGUGGGUCCUUCUACUGUUACUUGUGCCUCUGAGUCUCCUGUAUAGAAGGUACAAGGACAGACAUAUCUUGCACAAUCUAACUGAUAAAUAUGUGCUUAUCACUGGCUGCGACUCUGGAUUUGGAAACCUGUUAGCAAGGAACCUGGACAGACGUGGGAUACGUGUGCUGGCAGCUUGUCUGACUGACAGAGGGGCUGAAGAACUAAAAAAGCAGACAUCAGACAGACUUCAGACAGUUCUUCUGGAUGUAACUGACAGCAACAGCGUAAAAACAGCAGCAAACUGGGCCAGCCAGAUUGUGGGAGAUAAAGGGCUCUGGGGCUUAGUGAACAAUGCAGGAAUUAGUUUUCCUUGUGCUCCAAAUGAAUGGUUAACAAAAGAAGAUUUUAUGAAAGUCAUGAAUGUGAACCUGUUAGGCCUAAUUGACGUAACAAUCAAUAUGCUGCAUCUUAUUAGGAAAGCCAGAGGGCGUGUAGUAAAUAUAGCCAGCGUUGCAGGUAGAAUUACCAUCUCUGGAGGAGGUUACUGCAUGUCCAAAUAUGGAGUGGAAUCUUUCUCUGAUAGUCUCAGGCGUGAGAUGAGGCCAUUUGGUGUGAAGGUGUGUAUAGUCGAACCAGGCUUUUUUAAAACACAGAUAACAAACACCGACUUAGUAAAACAAAGUUUAGAAAGGGCCUGGAACAGCACCACAGAGGAAAUACGCCAAAGCUACGGACAGGAAUACUUUAAAAAAUCGUGCAACGCAUCUCAGACCAUUGUGCCACUGUGCAAAGCGAAUCUUUCAUUAGUGACUGACUGCUUGGAGCAUGCCCUUACUGCGGCCCAUCCGCGGACACGUUACUCUGCUGGCUGGGAUGCAAAGCUGCUCUUCUUGCCUCUUUCCUAUUUUCCUACAUCAGUGGUAGACUUUCUGUUAGGUAUUGAUAAUCCUAAACCAUCUCAAGGAGUAUGACUACUACAGUGUUUCAUUGUCAAUUUUAAGUCCUGGAAAGCAAGUCUUCUGUUGUGAAAUAUUGUUUUACAGAAUUUAUCAUACUGUAAUAAACAUCACAAUAAAAAGAACACAAAUUCUGUUUUCAAAAAUACAUUGAAAUCAAUAAUUCUGGUUAAAAAAGCAACAUCGAAAGCCAGGAAAUGUAUUAUGUUACUUAGGGAUACAUAUUCAUUCCACAUUUUCACUGAUUUUUAAAUUUACAUUUUUUUAAUAAAUUAGUCAACAUUCA